GGAGAGUCAGAUUGCCUCAUGCAAAGUUCAGUUGAGCAGGCUUGUUAGGAGAGUCUGCUACAGAUUCCUCUGAAUUAGAACUUCAACACUGCUUCCUUCUUCUGCCUGGGGAUAUUAAACUUGUAAAGAUUUGUUUACUGGCAAACCAGGUACAUAAAGGAUCUUCAAAUUAAAGGCACAGUUAAUACUGAUUGAAGGUUAAUACCGCCAGAUAAUAUGGAUUGGAAAACGUUGCAAGGUGUCCUCAGUGGCGUAAAUAAAUAUUCCACAGGAUUUGGUCGGAUAUGGCUGUCGGUUGUCUUCAUCUUCCGAGUGUUAGUUUAUGUAGUGGCAGCAGAGAAAGUAUGGGGUGAUGAUCAGAAAGAUUUUGACUGCAAUACCAAGCAACCUGGCUGCACCAACGUCUGUUUUGACCAAUAUUUCCCCAUUUCCCACAUCAGGCUCUGGGCUUUGCAAUUGAUCUUCAUCUCUACACCUUCCUUAUUGGUUGUCAUGCACGUAGCCUACAGAAAAGACAAAGAGAGAAAGUAUCAUAUGAAGCACCCAGACUCCAACACUAAACUAUAUGAGGAUGCUGGUAAAAAGCAUGGUGGGCUUUGGUGGACCUACUUGAUAAGUUUAUUUUUUAAAACUGUGAUUGAAAUUGCAUUCUUGUAUAUUCUCCACAAAAUUUAUGACAGUUUUGAUAUGCCUCGUCUAGUCAAAUGUGAUGUUGCACCUUGUCCCAAUGUUGUAGAUUGCUACAUUGCCAGACCCACUGAGAAAAAGAUCUUCACCUAUUUUAUGGUUGGGGCAUCAGCUCUUUGCAUUGUAAUAAGUGUGACUGAAAUGAUCUACUUGAUUGCUAAAAGGUUGUUCAGGUGUUGUAUGUUGCAUUGUGGGAAAAAAAAAUCAGUAUUGAUCAAAAGUAAGGCAGACUUUCUUGGCCACAGCUUGACUCAUACAAAUUACAUGCAAAAUGGGAAAUCAUUGGACUUCAUUCAUGCUUCAGCCCCAAAUCUUUCUUCAAUGUAAUGCGCUUUUUAAUCUGUAAGUGAUAUUACAACAGCAUUGAACAUUGUACGAAUGACACACUUGAUCAAUUGGAUGAGUGAUUAGGGAUUUUUUUUAGACGUGAUUGGAUUCUCUAGUGUGGGAUUUGGAGAGAAGGAACUUUCUCAUACCUGUCAUUUGGGCAUCUUGAUGGACAAUUAAAGACAAGUUUUGCUGGAGCGUUAUGGAUGUAUUCAUGAAGUAGGGUCUUCCACCUUCACACUCAGGGAGCAUUUACAGCUCCCAGAUGUAUCUUGCUUUUCAUCGCAGCAUCAACAAAGUAUGUCAGGCAACAAGGUAGUGUGGUCAAUUUCUUAUUUAUAAUUUGUAAUAUCUUUCCUUUUUCAUCUACAAAGAGCAAAUAAAAUGAAAACCUACCAAAACGGUGCUAAAGAAAAAGUUUAUGAGUGUCAAAUUAUGAAAUUAGACUAAAAAUUAUUACCUUUGUUUUUAAACAUUUUUUUCAUUUAUGCCUGAUAAUUCAAAAUCUUGAGGAUAAUGUCACUAGCAGAAUUAGUGAAGAUGGGUUACUGAAUCCAAAAGUAGGAAUAUAAAUUCAUUCAUGUUGAAAUAAUGUGAUGGCUAAAACAUUUAGGUUCUGUAUCAAUUUGUCUCAUUUCAAUUCUGCCAUAAUCUUCACUUUUCCAGUCAAUAGCUCUGAUAAAGUCACCAAGAUUCAGUUCUUAAAACAAGAUCAUCACAAGCUCAAUUAUUUGAGUCAACACUUUAAAGCUAAUCUUUUUUUGUGCCAUUACAUUUUAAAAAGAAUCAGCAGCAGGAGACCAACACUUAAAAUAGUAGUUGUGAUGACUUGGCUUAGGAUCUGUUACAACAUCUUCUAUGGUAAUUUUAUCUGCAAGCAGCCAUUCAAAACAAUAAAUAAGAGUAAGGUUGUAAAGUACAAAAUAAUUGAAGUUCUGGCUACUGGUUUAAUAGAAUUUAACCGUGGCCACCUCCACUGUUAUCACCCACAUAUGAAACUUGUAACUACUUGUCAUGCUAAAAUUGCGAGAUACUUGCAUGUUGAACAAAGAGAAACAGAAGCAAAUGAACAAAAUAUAUCUUUUCCAAUGGCUGAGAACAAAGGUUGUUUUAUCAGGAGAAAUAGAACUGAAACGUUAAAUUGCACACAGUCUUCCACUAUCCAAAAGCCUUUUUGGAUCAAUUAAAUCUUAUAAUAAUGCUCUUUCUCACAGAAAUAAUACUACCUAGAUUUUAGCAUUUAUUUGCAGGACAAACUGAUCCUUAAAACAUUAAAAAUUACUCAUUUCUCAAUGUUUGAUAGAGAAGCAAACAGUAGGAUAUUGCACAGCAAGUACUUUAGGGUAAUGAGUGCAAGAACUGGAGCAAUUGCAACAUCAAGGCAUAGGAGAGCCAGAACUGUGCCGUUAUCCCAACUCCAUGUUUUACAACAGGUCAAUUUCUUUAUCUUUGAUGGUAAAAUUUCAUCCACUGACAAGAUACAUUUUAAUGGAUAAUCAAAUGAAUUCUCUAAAACCUUAUAGAUUUCAUGUACUCUUAAAUUAUUUUGUUAGCAGGCUGAAGUGUAAGUUUGGUAUAUCUUUUGCUUAUUUUAACUUCUGCAAACAUGCUGUUGUAGCACAUGAUAAUCAAAUACAGCCACUCCAUCUGUAGAUAAUUAUAACCCAAUUAAGGUUCCCAAAUGAAUUUAUAACUUUAGCUGGCUUAAUUCAAUUUAAUCUUGUUUGAACCAAAGGAAAAAAUGAUGUUUGCAAUUCAUUAACUGUUUACAUAGCAGCAAUAUGCAUUAAUGCUUUUGACAUCAAUGGUAUGACAUUAACAAUACCUGCUGCAGAAAUACUAAUGUGUAUCAUUUCUGGAAGAGAAAAUGAAUAUUUCAUAGUUUAUGUUAAUAUAUUAUGUCGUGUACUUCAUCAAAUCUUUUCUUGCAUUUUGUUAUGAGGUUAUUUUAUUAAUUGUUAAACUUAUGCUGCCAGAGUUUACAAAGAAUCUAAAAAUAGUAUAUUUCAUAAUAUUUUGGCCUAUAUGAAUAAGAGAUAAACAUUGAAACAGGAACUUGUCCUUAAUAAUUACUCAAGAUCUGUCAAUGAGUUUUAAGUCAUCCUUAUGUUUCAAUGCAGGAAAAUUAAUUGAUGAAACAUAUCAUUGUUUGUUACUGUAAAAUACUAUUAUUGAAUGUUAAAAUGGGAAAUUUUAUUUAAGUCACACUUUAAAGGUAAGAUUGACACAAACAAAAAUAAAUUAAUAGGUUGCAGAUUAAUUUUCAAUUUGCAAUCAAGUAUGAAACUGGAGAUGCAAAUCAGACCUUUCGAUCUUCAUUUCCAAUAAAAGAUCCUCAAGGGCAGUUUUAAACUGAGGAGCAAGUUAAAAAUCUACCCUUGCACUUAUUAAAUACAAGCAUUAUUUUGGACAAAGCUAUCAGCUUUGGUAGGGCAUGAAGGUCAAAUAAAGGCUUUCAUUUAGAAAAGGGUUUUCAUAUGUUCAGGAUAUCCCAAAACAUUGUAUGUCAAAUUAACUUGUUUUGAAGAGCUAUUACUGUUGCACGGUCGGAAACAUUACACAUUGGAACUCAAUAAACCUGCCUGAUUAUUGAGUUGAAUGGAAAUCCCAAGCUAAAGAGUGCACACUGGCAGAUUACCUACCACUGCCUAUUUUCUAUUCCUGCUGAAGCUAAAAGUUUCACUCAUCGUUUCUAAGGGUACUGGUUGUUUACACGCACAUCAUACUACCUAUGACAAGAAUGGUACAUGGACAACGUCAGGAGUAUGAAAAAAUGGUUUUAUUGUUCACACUUCAAGAGAAAAUGAUCUGUUGAAAGCAUCUUGUGUUUUCAUCCCUUUUUUUCAUUACAUGGAUCAAAUGUUUUAUCUGUGGAGAUUAAUGUAUUAUUUAUGUCAAAACUUUCCAUGGAAAUAUUGUUAUUGAAAGAAAGCAUUUGGCAAAUUUUCUGCAGUUCUCUUAAAUUGUUAUGCACUGUAUUCCAUCCCUUAUUUAUAUUGUGUACAUUUUUGAACAAACUAAUAAUUAAUUAAAAUAAAUAUUUUCAAGUAAAUAAAUGUGUCUUAUUUAACCUUUAAUUAAUCUGAGAAAGAACAAAAUUCUUUCCUCCUUUAGAAAACUGAUUAUUCUCUGCUUGUUUCUCUAAAGCAGAGAGAAAGCCAGCCAACAGAUGAGCUAUAUAUCUUAUUCCAAAGUUUCUGCCCAUAUUUCUCCACAGAGAGAUGCAAAGACAUGUACACAAGCUGACAAAGAUGACUCUCCCAUUCCUCCUUAUCGCCAGCCAGGAAAUCUCUGUUGCCCUAACUAAAAUUACUGAUCUGUCAUGUUCAAAGUUGCAAACUCAUUUCCACUUCCUUCUUCUCUAUUAUUCAACUGGUUCAUAAAAUAAACUAAAUGCAAGUAGAAAUGUAUAAUUACAUUCUGGAAAUACAUUGAUCUUUCUAUCAUUAAUCCUAAUAUACCUGCAGACAGAGCAAUCACUAAGUACAAUAAAUAAAGAGGAUUAGAAGCAGAUAAAACCAGACAAGAAAUCCAAACCAGCCUAAAUCAGACUGGUUGAAAUUUGAAACCGCAAUGUGCACUGUUGUCAUGAACUCCACAUAUACUUUGGUUGAGACCUCAAGGCAAAUCAGCAUGACCAUUAUGAAAGAAUAAUCACUCUUGACAGUAGAAAUAUUAUUAUAAAUAUUCAUACUAUUGUCCCAUUCCUGAUCUAUUUU